AUGCGAGCUGCCGCCCGUGCGUGGGCCGCGUCUGCACGCGCGCAUGCUCUGGCCAAAGUCGUGCGCCCUCUUGCAGGACGGCGGAGGCUCGUCGCUGCUGUGGCAUUUGGCACUGCUGCGGCCGUGACCUCCACACAGCAGCGCCCUUCCUCCUGCCUGUCCGUGAGCAUUCCCAAGGAGAAUCACAAGGCGGAGGUGCUCUCCAGCCCUGGCAUCACCAUGCUCAUGUCUGUCAUCCGAGACAAGCGGACCAACCAGGCCGAGUACGUGCGGGCGGUGGAUCGGCUGAUGGCCAUCCUGGCCGAGGAGGGCGUGGCCAGGCUGCCCAGCGUCAAGCCACAGGUGAUAGAGACGCCUUGCGGCACGUACCACGGCGUGACCUCGCCCGAUCCCCACACGAUCUGCGCGGUGGACAUUGUCCGCUCCGGCGGCAUCCUUCUAGAGGCCGUCCGACGCGUGCUGCCAGAGCUCAAGACCGCGAAGAUCUUGAUCCAGCGGAAUGAGGAAACGGCUCUCCCCAUGCUGUACUACUCGAAGCUCCCGCACAACAUCGACAAGCU